CUGUUACGAUAGACAGCUGAGAUCAGAUCAUUACGCUGACAAGCCCUAAAACAAAGCUUCCUUAUCUGUCAUUUAACUUAUUUGAAUUAUCUGAACUGUGAAUUUAAUUAAAAAGAAUGGAAAUGAAAAGGUAUCCAAAUGAUGGGUGUUGCGAGAGGUUACAUUUAGAUGUCUGUGUAGAUGAGCGCACCCCUCGGCAUGGGAUAUUAGAACUUCUUAAGAAACUGAGGCCAGAGUGGAAACCAGAAGAUAUUCAGAUCAAGGCUUUCACUGAGGGCAUCACUAACCAAUUAAUGGGCUGCUAUGUUGGCUCUCUGAUGCAAGACCCUAUUUUACUGGUGAGGGUUUAUGGACAGAUGACUGAGCUUUUUAUGGACCGAGAUAAGGAGAUGGAGAUGUUCCGGGUGCUUCACAAACAUGGCUGUGGCCCGGAACUGUACUGCAGUUUUACCAAUGGUAUCUGCUAUGAGUUUGUCAAAGGAGUUGUGCUGGACGACACACUGCUUAGACAGCCAUCUGUUUACAGAUUGAUUGCAACAGAAAUGGGAAAAAUCCAUUCCAUAAAGUCUGGAGAAACUGGAAACAGUUCACCCGUUUUGUGGUCUAGAUUGUCCCAGUUCCUUAAUCUGGUCCAGAGUUCUGAUGCUCCUGAACAGCAAAAAUCCAGUGCCCAUGUGGAGGCACCUAGCCUAAAAAUAAUCAUCAAAGAGAUGGAGGAACUGAAGAGUCAUCUUGCCCACAUCAACUCCCCAGUAGUACUAUGUCAUAAUGACCUCCUGACUAAAAAUGUAAUCUAUAACCAAGAAGAAGGCGCAGUAAAAUUCAUUGACUAUGAAUAUGCAGAUUUUAAUUACCAAGCAUAUGAUAUUGGAAACCAUUUCAAUGAAUUUGCAGGUAUCAAUAAUGUUGACUCCAGCCUGUACCCUAGCUGUGAACUUCAGUUUGAUUGGCUUACUGCUUAUCUGGAGAGUUUCAAGUGGUUCAAUGGCAUGGAUUCAACUGUGACCAAGAAAGAAGUCCUGGAACUUUAUGCACAAGUCUGCAAGUUCUCCUUGUAGGCCUAAAUGUGGACUGAGCAAGAAAUUUGCCAUUUAUCAUCUUCAAUUGGCAACAUGCUGUCUCACCACUGUUCCCUGCAAUGGGCUGACCCUCUGAGGGGCCUGAGGCCUCAUUUAUAACCGUUGCGUGCGUACAAAACCUGCCCUGAAAGAGACAUACCCCACUUCCUACGCAAAAGGUGGGAUUUAUAAAAAACAAACUUGAUGGGAAAAUUUGCGCACCUGCACGCAAACUGUGACCCAUGCGUACGGACUUUUUUUUCCUGGAGAAAGAAAUGUAAU